AUAUCGUGCCACGCUCUGCCACUGGAUCAACAAAAUGAAACAACGAGCGACUGACUCCAAGUACGGUGAUAAUUACAAGUAGCGGUAGAUAGGCCUACGCGUCACAGGGAUUAUAACAUCAGUGAUCUGACUCACUCUGUUGAAGUGAACGUGCUGUACAACCGAGUGUUGCCCACAUCUAUCUCGCGGCGGCAUCAGACUCCGGCUCCAGGCACCAAGAUGGAUACUUUAUUGAGAAUUCUGGUGUUUUGCCUGAUGGCAUUUGUGUACUCUUCCGCUGACGUGUGCUCUCCGGCCUCAGCAGCUAGCAAAUGCACAGUGCAAGAUAUAAAGAGCGCACCACAGUCCUUCUACGUUGGUGGGGUCAAAGCAGAUGGGAAGAUACAGGAGCCACUGGCAAUGUUGCGAAUGACUGGACCAUCUGGGUUUCCGGGAAAAAAUAUCGUGGUGACAAAGGGAAACCAAGGCUCUAUUCGUGGGAUGACAGUCGACCAGUACACAUCCUGUCAGCUUUGGCGAGUCAAUAACAGCCAGGUGGAGGUUGUCAAAGUAACCCAUUACUUCUCCGCUGCUGACUGGAGGUUUCCUGACAAGAAAGUCGUACCAGUUGCUAUCAAAGUGGAAGGUUCAACUAGGUCAAACAUGUAUAAUUUCUUUAAUAUAAAAUUUGAAAUUGACGAAGACAAGCUUGAGACGCCUGCAGGAGUUUAUUGUCAAAGACGAAAAUCAUACCCCUUCCCACCCUCGCCAAGCUACAUUCGAUUCUCAGCGGAAACAAUCGACAAUCUUAAUUCGGUCACAUACUACAUUGAAGAGACAUUUGACGUUGAAGGUCAAUAUGCCAUGAUGGUCAUGCCAUAUGGCUCGGACUACAGCUCAGAUGAAGGCAUAGGCGAAAGGACAAUCUUCAGGGAUUAUGGCACAGGGCUGAGCUUCGACAUUGACAACCGCUUAGAAAGCUGCACUCCCAAGAACAUCUCUGACAAGAGCAAUGUGCGCUUGCCUUUUGACUUCAUCAGCAACGGCCAAGUCCACCAACUCACUGCCGAUGCUUUCUUCUAUAAAGGAAAGAACGUCUAUCAAUAUCUUGGAGAGUUGUACUUCGACGCAAACGACGUUGUUCUGGAGUUUGAGAUUCUGGAUGCCCCUCCAUUUGCUGGCGAUAUUUCCAACCCUACUAAACAAACCACCUUAGCACAAGCAACACAGAACAUAAAGACAGCAGUCAGCGGCCAGUUCGUUCUCCAUACAUAUGAUAUGUCCACCGACAGUUUUUCCAAGUUCCAUGGCAGGUCUCGGAAUUGCCAUGGUCAUCAUUGGGGGAACUGCUGGAGGGGCAGGAGCUGCUUUUUUCCUCAGAUGAAAUUAAGAGUGGCUCGUGCUGCGGCAUGCCAUAUUUUCACAUUUUAAUUUCAAGAAUUUAUGACCAAGUGUUUUCAUUCACAUGACCCUUUACCCCAUAGCAUCACCGACCUCAGUACAGCUGGAUUCCCAACGGCAACAUUGUUUGCUGAAGGCGAUAAUUAAUUGUUUCUACUAUCAUGGAGAAUAUAUCAAUGUUGAAUAACUGAUGCCCAAAGCAAGUAAUAGGCAACAGCCUACUGUUUUCUUUCAUGCCUGUUCUGGUCUUUUUGCAGUACGGUACUCAGUCUUGGCAGACAUUCGUUACAGUACUUCUGGGCUAUCAUACGCCUUCUAUUGGCAUGUAUUUCUGUGGUUUGAGCUUUUUUUUUUUAAGAAGAGGAAAAUCUACUAAAUUUAUAACUAUUCCUUAUCAAAAUAGUCCUUCUACUGAUUUCGAAGAGAGAAUUGUUAUAUAUUCACUUUCCAAAAAACGUUUUAAUUUAAAGUGGUGUAUUUUAUUAAGGUAGGGUCUACAACAUUAGAGUACCUGACAGUGUUUCUGUUUAAAUACUUUUGUUGGAGUGUUGUUGCUGUACAAAAGUUCAUUCAUGAUAAUAUGUAAAUUUACAAAUGUCAUUUCAUUAUACCCUCACAGUCACAAACCAAUUCGAUGGCUGUUUUCUCACCUUUUCGAAUAUCUGAUGUGUGCGUGUUCAUUCAGAUCUCUGUGAGAAAAAAAACUCGUAUUGUCAUGGCUAAUCAUUUUAUCCAAUAGACCAGUUUUCUUACACCCCUACACCCUUUACAUGAGAAUACAGCUGAAAGUUUCGUUAGAUCGAU